UUCACCACAUACCCAUCCCAGAGCGCGCAAAAGCCUAUCAGACCAAGAGAAGAGAGCUAGCGUCAGAGUCGCAUACCUUGGGUGAGUUUAUAAGGUAGCACCAGGACAACCAUCGGGCUCCGUUGAGACCACCAGGCAGAUCAGGCAUCAUGCAGCGGUGGACUCGCAACGGGAUGCUGAGCUUCUCCCAGCCGUCGGCAUCGUCGUCCCCCUUCGGCUUCUACGACCCCGGCCAUGGCGCGUCGAGCAGCCGCGGGCGGUCGCACGGGUGCCGGAGCCAGGACAAGGAGCAGCGCAACCUGGAGAAGAACCUGACCAAGGUGCGCAAGGAGUGGAUGAAGGUGAAGGAGGAGAUGGGGUACGCGAGGCUGCUGAGCGAGCACCUCAGCGAGACGGUGACGGAGGCCGACCGGAAGGUGGCCGCCAUGCUGGAGGAGCUCGACCGGACGGACAAGUACAUGCAGGACAUACUGUCGUCGUCGUCGUCCCCCCAGCAGAAAUGAACUAGCCGCGGUGGCAGAUGUUUUUUUCUUUUCUUUUUUGAGCCGGACAUUUGUGUGUUUAGCUAGCUAGAGCUUCUCCUUCGGGGGAUUUUUGCCAUUUGGUAUUCUUGUAGAUGUCCAGGGCCAGUAGUACGGCCGGCGUGUCUGUACAUCAUAUGCAGGUAGUCGACGGGUCUGAUAUAGUAUGUUAUUCUUCAG